AACGUCCCCAAGAAAGUAUGAAAGAACCCCGGAUUUUCCCUAGAGAGCGGCCAACUCCUUGGACUCGUGCUCAGUUGCCACCUCGAGGACGGCUUGACGGUUCCUUGGGACCACAGGGGGGUCCUGUUCUAAACACAGGCCACCCGCUGGGCAUGAACUCUGAUCCCUUCCUUAUGGCAACUGGUUCUCUUGGUGGAAAUAUGGCCCCAUUCCCAAGGAACCCAUCGCCUUUUCCAACUUCAUCAGGCUCAUUGGCUUCAAAUCCAGCACCUUUCCCUGCUGGUGCUCGUGACCCAGGCAUAGCUUCUUUUCCAAGAGGGAUGAAUCCCACUGGUACAGGUGCAGUUUCUUUCCCAAGGCCUGGUGGCCUCUUGGGCCCAGGCCCGGGCCCGGGCCCGGGCCCUGGCCCAGGCCCAUCUCUAAACCCGAGGACAGGGGCUCUUCCAGGCCCAGGACCUCUGUCUAAUCCAAGGUUAGGGGGUCUCCCAGGGCCAGGUCCUAUGCCCAACCCAAGGGCAGGUGGUCUCCUGGGAACAGGUCCUGACCCCAGAAGUGGCGGCCCAAUGGGCCCUGUAUCUGGGCCCAACUUGAGAUCAGGGGUCCUGUUGCCUUCUGGGAAUGGUCCUCCUAAUCCUAGGCCCGUUGGCCUAGGACCAGGACCAAGUCCCAGUCUGAGAUCAGGCUUUGGUGGUACAAACCCUGCCCCAAGAUCAGGUAUGUUUCCAGGUCCUGGCCUUGGACCCAACCCAAGGGCAAAUAGCCUGGGCCCAGGCCUUGGGCCCAACCCAAGGGCAGGUGGCCUGGGGCCAGGCCCAAAUCUGGACACCAGAGCAGGUGGACUCCUGGGCACAGGAUCUGGUCUUAACUUAAGGAUGGCUGGACCUCAAGGCCUAGAUCUUGCCCCCAUUCUAAGAGCAGCAGGUCUAUUAGGGGCAAAUUCAGCUGCUUUCUCACAGGCUUCUGGAAACAUGGGCACAAGCCCAUCCUCUAUGGCACGAGUACCUGGCCCCAUAGGCCCAAACUCGGGUCCUGGCUCUCGAGGAAUUGGCCUUCCAGGGCCAAAUCCAUCUCCCAUAUCCAGAGCUCCAGGCCCCAUAGGCCCUAAUUCAGCUCAUUUUUCAAGGCCAGCUGGGCCAAUGGGGGUAAAUGCCAAUCCCUUUCCAAGGGGGAACAGUUCAGGGGGGCUGAAUCCAGCUGCCUUUUCUCAGACUUCUGGCACAUUGGCCUCAAAUCCAGGUGCCUUCCAGAGGUCUGCUGGCCUCCAGGGCUCAAGUCCAGCAAUUUUCCCAAGAACCUCUGGACCACUUGGCCCCAACCCAGCUAACUUCCCCAGAGCCAGUGGCUUGCAGGGUCCAAGUCCUGCUGCCUUCCCAAGGUCUACUGGCCCAUUAGGCCCUGGUCAGGUUACUUUCCCCAGGUCAGCUCCUGGGCCCCUGGGCUCUUCUCCAGCAGGGCCUGUCGGUAUCAACCCAGCUCCUUUUGCAAGGCCAACUGGGACCCUGGGUCUAAACCCAGCUUCCUUUCCAAGGAUGAAUGGCCCUGUAAGCAAGACUUUGGUCCCAUUUCCUAGAGUGGGGAACCUCCCUGGCACAAACCCAGCUGCUUUUCCCAGACCAGGGGGUCCUAUGGCUGCAAUGUACCCAAAUGGAAUGUUACCCCCUUAAACACUUUUCUCUCCAGGACCACUCUGGUUUCUAAGCACCGUGGUUCUGGGCAGGGGCUGUGUUUAGGUAAAAGGGUAGAUAUGGAGCUACAGUCUGAAGUACAUAGCUGGGGCUCAAGUUCAAAUGAGCCUUUUUUUUUUUUCCUGCUUCUUUCUUGACUGAAGGUGAAAUGUUACUUGUGAGAGAUGGACUACGGCAGGGGAGAAUGAUCCUGACCUUGAGAGAAAGGAUCGCCAGCCCUCCAAAAGCCUGCUGUGCUUUUGUCCCACAGCUUUUUGCCCCUUGUUUCUUACUAGUUUCUUGAAUUGUUCUUGUGGACUUUUCCUCAGGGAUACAUUGGCCUGUAGGUCCCAAUUCAUGUGUAGUCCUCUGCUCACCACUGGAGAAUCAGCUCACUGCUCUCUAGGACUGUUGCAUUGGUGAACGGACCAUGCUUCAGCAGCUCUGCCCUGGGCAGCUUGGACCUGGUCAUCCUUUACUGCCAUACCUUUCCCUGAGGGCUUGAACACAGAACAGGGAGGUGGACAACCACUUCAAAGACCCACCAAAUACAAUUUCUGCUUGAUUAACUGGGCCUGCAGCUUCCUUCUCCUGGGACUCAGAGGAGGCCAGAAUCAAGGCUCGACCGCUCACCUAAUUCCCUCUCCACUAGUACUCCUGAUCCAAGAACCUCAAAAUUUAAACUGACGUCAAUGGGAAUAUGGGAACUGGGAUAGGGGGUGGGGGGAUGAAGGGGAAAAAUCACUGUGCUUCGUUCAGCCUGAGGUGAAAGGAUGGUUGUUUUUCCUGCAUUGUAUCUUUUCUUACUGUUUCUUUAAUAAAUGGGAUGAGAGGGCU